UAUAUAUUUAUAUAUUUAUAUAUAUAGAGAGAGAGAGACUACAUCAAUGGCGAUGGUGGUACUAGUGAGAGAAAGGGAGAAGAAGGAGUGAGGUCGAUGAUGGAGUAUGAAGGGGAAGUGGAGAAAGGGGAAGAAGGAGGGGUUGUGGAAAUCGACUACGUUUUCAAGAUAGUCGUCAUCGGAGACUCGGCGGUGGGGAAAACGCAGUUGCUCGGCCGAUUCACAAGAGAUGAGUUCAUCCUUGACUCCAAAUCCACCAUCGGCGUUGAGUUCCAGACUCGCACCCUCACCCUCAAUCGCAAGCGCAUCAAAGCUCAGAUUUGGGAUACUGCCGGCCAAGAGAGAUACAGAGCAGUGACCAGUGCAUACUAUAGAGGAGCCCUAGGAGCAAUGCUGGUUUAUGACAUAACUAAAAGGCAAACAUUUGAUCAUGUUGCAAGAUGGCUUGAAGAACUAAGAGCUCAUGCAGAUAACUCCAUUGUUGUGAUGCUAAUAGGAAACAAGGCUGAUCUUGUGAAUCAAAGGGCUGUUUCCACUGAAGAUGCCAUUGAAUUUGCUGAAGAACAGGGACUCUUCUUCUCGGAAACAUCGGCACUCAGUGGUGACAAUGUAGAGCAUGCAUUCCUUAGAAUUAUGGAGGAAAUUCAUGGAGUGGUUUCUAAGAAGGCAUUAGAGAGUGAGGAAGGGAAGAAGAAGGGGGAACUUGAUAUAUUGACACUGAAAGGUGCCAAAGUGUCUGUUCUCAAUGAUGGGUCUAUCAUGGAAACUAGUGCUAUGAAGAAAGGGUAUCCUUGUUCUUGUUUGUGAUUUUUUGUUGGUUUGUUUGAUGGGAUUUAUCUUUAAAAGUUUGCAUUCAUGGUAUUUGUUUGGUUAUAGGUACUUAUAUUUGUGUGUUUAUUUUUUGCUUUCAAGUUUCUUUGUUCUUUUGUUACUUGUAAGAGAUUAAAGUUAUUAUGUGUCUGAAUUACAUGUAUACUAUUUUGAUGAUGGCUUUGUCUUUUGUGA